CGUGAACCGUGACUUCGAGUGCCCAUUCGUGAUUUCUGCUCGUGCUUGGCACACGCGGCUCUUGCAUAUACGCACCAAACCAGCAGCCUACAUACCAUGCUCCACCAGCUCCCCAAAAUGUGAACAUUCAACACCACCACACCACAAUCAUGACCGACGCCACGCGCCUCAAAUCGACCAUUUACAUUGGUGGCCUCGACAACUCCAUCACCAAACCCCUCCUACACGCGGCGUUCCUGCCCUUCGGCGAGAUCGUGGAGGUGAACCUGCCAGGAAGCGAGAACGAGCGCGGAGGAGGAGGACACAGGGGGUUCGGCUACGUCGAGUACGAGAGCGCAGAUGAUGCCGCCGCCGCUAUAGAUAAUAUGGACCAGGCUACGCUCGCCGGAAGGACCCUGAGCGUCGCCAUCGCGAAGCCGCAGACGAAGGAGGUGGGUAAUGUACUCGGUAGUAAGGUCGCGGUUUGGGAGCAGGAGGAUUGGAUCAGAAAGUAUGAAGUCUCUGACGAGGACCGGGCGGCCGCGGACGCGGCGAAGGCGGAGGCUAUGGCUAAGGCUGUGGAUCCGAUGCAGGGCUUGGAGGGGCUGGAUCUUGCUGGGCCGAAGCCGGCGAGCGAGUGAACGGGCUGGCGAGCGGGUGGGCAGGGCAGAACGGGGGAUGGCUCAGGUUUGGGUUGGGGGCGGCGGGUUUAGAACUCAUGGGAUCCCGAUGGCGCGGUCAGAUACCUAUGCAAACAUGAUGCUAUUGGACAUAUACAACUGAAACAGCCAAAACAACGAGAACAGUUCACGGCAAGAAUAGAAGUUAUUGUUCGGAACAAAACUACAAUGAAAACUAGCAUGCCCUUCCCUCCUCCUCCUCCUCCUCCUCCAGUGCUGCAGACCUCCGACCGGAUAUCAUUACAUGUGAUUCGGAAGUGCGCGCUUAGUGCUGGUCGCGC